UUUAAUUAAAUUACAUUGUAAUUAAAUUCACAGGGGUCAACACACAGAUAAUAUCUCACUGAUCUUACAUUGUAAGUGACACUAGGAUUUUGUCAGACUGUUAAUAUAUUUAAAAUAACUAUAAACAUAGUUUUAAUUACCGCAAAUCAGAAAUAACAACAAUAACGGAGUCACUCCGUGCUUUUAUUUUCCUGCAGUUACACAUGUAGUAAAUCACAACCUCUCGUUGCCGCCUCUCUGGGGAACAUCGCGUCCACGGGGAAACUAAGCAGACAAUAAGUGUUGUAUAGUGUUGUUUAAGAUAACACAAAAGUGAGAGGCGUCCAGGACCCUGCCUGUCUGUUAGUGGCCCCGUGGGACCCUUCAAUAAUCCAGCAGAAAGGGACCAGAAGCAGAUCUGCUGACCUGAGCAGCGUCGCCUCGGAGACGCGAAGCUGGAGGGAGGCUCACAUUAGCUCCAUGACACAGAGAGAGAGAGAGAGAGAGAGAGAGAGAGAGAGAGAGAGAGAGAGAGGAGGGGGUUAACCAGGGAGUGAGACAUGUAUAUUCAUGAUGGGUACGAGAAGCUGUGAGUGUGUGUGUGUGUGUGUGUGUGUGUGUGUGUGUGUGUGUGUGUGUGUCAUAUGUGGGCUGUGAGGGACGUCUCAGCACGGCACGUCUAGUCAGGGUCGAGGAGGGAGGAGACGAUGUUGGCCGCUACAUGGCUCUCCUUAUUGGGCCUCGCCACCUCCUUCCCUUCUCUCCUCUCCUCGUCUCCUCCGCACUUGCCGAAAAAAACCACCAGACUUCCCGAGAACUGAGAAAACGAGGAGAGUUGAGGGGGAAUGGGGAUAGUCUAGCACACACACACACACACACACACACACACACACACACACACACACACAAACGAGACACUACGAUGUGAGUAAAAAGAAGCUCAUUCUCUCUUUUUACUUUUGAUUAUUGAUGUUUUGUUUAGCUUGCAAUGAUUGAGGCACAUCCCCAUGGCAACGCUAUUGUAACUACAACGGACCGACACUGAAACAGUUAGUGGAUAGAAAAAUGUUCUGGUUCCUACUUUUUGAACGUGAAUAUUUGCACCUUUUCUUUGUUUUCUAUGAUAUAAAAUUGGGAUUUUGGAAGGUUGUAAACAAGAAGAUUAAAUAUGAUCAGAUUAAUCAGUAGUAGAACACACACACACACACCGUGUGUUGGUCCAGUAAGCGCCCCGACAGCCUUCAGGCCAGCGUAAUAAAAUCAGAGUGGAUGUCGGGCGGCGCAGAUGUCCAACGCGUCUCAUGUUUUCCGUCUAAUCGCGUUUCAGUAUGAAGAGCUGGUGCACUACUCGGGGUCGGAGGCCAUGGUGCUGGGGGGGUACGGGGACGACGUCAGGCCGCUCCCCCCCCCACACUACGGACCCGCCAUCCCCGACUCGCUCAAACACCACAAAGACCAGAUCUACGGUCAUCCACUGUUUCCACUGCUGGCCUUAGUGUUUGAGAAGUGCGAGCUGGCCACCUGCUCCCCCCGAGACCCCUCCUCCCUCUCAGCCACCUCCCACCUCCCCGGCAUGACCAACCACAGCGACGUCCACAGCGACGUCCACAGCGACGUCUGCUCCUCCGAAUCCUUCAACGACGACAUCGCCGUGUUCGCUAAGCAGAUCCGAUCCGAGAAGCCCAUUUUUUCUUCCAAUCCCGAACUCGACAACUUGAUGAUCCAGGCCAUUCAGGUUCUUCGCUUUCACUUACUGGAGCUGGAGAAGGUGCACGACCUGUGCGAUAACUUCUGCCAUCGCUACAUCACCUGCCUGAAGGGCAAGAUGCCCACGGACCUCAUCAUGGACGACCGGGAGGGCAGCUCCAAGUCCGACAUGGAGGACUUCACCGGGUCCUGCACCAGCCUGUCGGAGCAGAAUGCAUCAUGGUUACGGGAGCCGGACGAAUGUGCCACGACCCCCCUGGGGACGCCGGGCACCUGCGGCCUGCCGUCACACAGCACGGCCGACAACUGUAGCGACCCAGGCGACGGUCUGGACGGCGACGGCGCCUCCCCCAGCACGGGGGACGACGACGACUCCGACAGAGACCGCCGGAACAACAAGAAGAGGGGCAUCUUCCCCAAAGUGGCCACCAACAUCAUGCGAGCCUGGCUCUUCCAGCACCUGUCGCACCCGUACCCGUCGGAGGAGCAGAAGAAGCAGCUGUCCCUGGACACGGGGCUGACCAUCUUACAGGUCAACAACUGGUUCAUCAACGCCAGGAGGAGAAUAGUUCAGCCGAUGAUUGACCAGUCGAAUCGCUCAGGUCAGGGUGGUCCUUACAGCCCAGAGGGAGCGGCUCUCGGGGGCUACGGCCUCGACGGACAGGCCCACCUGGGGCUCCGAGCAGGUCUCCAGGGGAUGUCUUCCCUUCAGGGCGACUACCCCGGCGCUCUACUGUCCCAACCGGGCUACCCCCCCCACCCGGGUCCCUCCCCCCACCCCUACCCGGGCCCACACCCCCACCCCGCCAUGCUGCUCCACCCGCCGCCACACGCACACCCGGCGGAGCCGCUCCUCGCCCAGGGACUGGACAUACACGCACACUAGUCGUGGUGGUGGGGCAGUGUGUGUGUGUGUGUGUGUGUGUGAGAGGGCAAAUUACUGUAUGACUGUAUGUGAAUGUGCACGGUGAGAUAUGUAUGUAUGUAUGUGUGUGUGUGUGUGUGUGUGUGUGUGUAAUGACGCAAACUGAACACUAUUUAAAGAAAAGAAGAAGAAAAAAGACACAUCACCCCGAAAGUUUACAUUCCCCACUGAGAGACCCUGACCUCAAUGUAGCUGCUCCACUCACACACACACACACACACACAACUAUAACCAUUACACACACACACACACACACACACACACACACCGUCUCGACCCACAGGUUUAAGCCAUACCUCUUUCAGAGUAGAAGUGCUUCCUCCUCUCCUAACGUCUCCACUGUGUCACGUGGGGCGAGACACACACGCUUUAAACUAUACUUCCCAUCAUGCCUGCUGACCCGCGGGGAGACGGACACACGGACGCCGCCGAGCGGGACUCGACCCUGUGAACGCGCCUUCUUCACCACCCCCUGUCUUCCUGCACACGCUGACUGUCAAAGAAACACACACACACACACACACACACACACACACUUUACUUAAAGCUGAUUUUUUUCUUAUUCUAUUUUUAUAUUUAUGUGCGCAGGCGGAUUAAAUGUUCGAGCUCUUCCUCAGCAUGAAGCUAAACACUACGAAUGACUCUCUUACCACUGACCUCCUUAAGACGCCAACAGGUGUCCGUGACCUUAGGACUCUACCUACACACACACACACACACACGACACUGAAAGCCAUUUUCCACACACACACACAUAUAUACAAUAUUUCUGCAAGCAUUUCCAGUCCAUUCUGUGUGUGUGUGUGUGUGUCGCAGCGGUGUGCGAGGGGAGCCGCAGCCAAAGGACUUUCUACACAUUGGGCUCCCUCUCCGCUCCGCUCGGACGUUUUGUGAAUGUCGAUGGGAAAAAAUACAGUUACGGUAUUAAAA